CGUGACGUCACCGGCGGAGGCGCUACCGGCAGCGCGCGCUGCGGGCGGUGUCUGCCCCGGGGCGGCGGGAAACGGGCGGGGGGAGGAGGAGGAGGAGGAGGAGGAGGAGGAAGGAGAGGAGGGAGAAAGGAGAGCGGGGAGGUCACAUCCCCUCCCGGUCCGUCCGGGCCUCCCGGAGCCAUGAUGGCCGCGGCGUCCGACCUGGAGUCCUCGCUGGAGCUGAGCCUGACGGGCAGCGGCGCGCUCCCCGGUGGGCUGCCCCCCGCCCGCUCCCGCAUCUUCAAGAUCAUCGUGAUCGGGGACUCCAACGUGGGCAAGACGUGCCUUACCUACCGAUUCUGCGCCGGCCGCUUCCCCCAGCGCACCGAGGCCACCAUCGGCGUGGAUUUCAGGGAACGCGCGGUCACCAUCGACGGCGAGCGCAUCAAGAUCCAGCUGUGGGAUACAGCAGGCCAGGAGCGCUUCAGGAAGAGCAUGGUGCAGCACUACUACAGGAAUGUCCAUGCUGUUGUCUUUGUCUAUGACAUGACAAACAUUGCAAGUUUCCACAGCCUCCCCCUGUGGAUAGAGGAAUGCAAACAGCACCUUCUUGCCAACGAUAUCCCACGGAUUCUUGUUGGGAAUAAAUGUGAUCUGAGGAGUGCUAUUCAGGUACCCACGGACUUGGCCCAGAAGUUUGCUGAUUCUCAGAGUAUGCCAUUGUUUGAAACCUCUGCCAAAAACCCCAAUGACAAUGACCAUGUGGAGGCCAUAUUCAUGACACUGGCUCACAAGCUUAAAAGUCACAAGCCAUUAAUGCUUAGUCAACCCCCAGAUUGUGAUGAAAUACAUAUAAAGCCUGAACCAAAACCUGCCAUGAGCUGCUGGUGUUAAAUCGUGCUUGUUCUGUUUGCAGAUGCUUCAGUAUUAUGAUCUUGGCAAAGUUCCAGCCUUUUGUAGCAAUUAUGGCACUUUAAUGUGUUGGAUUGGUUUUCUUUUUCUUUUUUUUUUUUUCCUGGUAUAGAUGUGCCCAUCUCAUGUUUCCUUGCACUUUGUACUUUGUGAAUUACUCGAAUUUCACUAUAAAUACCCAUGAAAGUAGAGUUCCAAGUGAAGUUUUGACAAAGCAGUUCUAGUAAAGCACUUGCUGCCUGAGAUUGUCUUCAUCACUUGUGUCAAGGUUAUAAAUAGUGAGGCAGUUUACUCACAUUUUUGGUUGCUGCUUGCAUUUGAAUAAUGUAGGAGAAAAAGUACUCUGUGAUUUUUGGGUCAGCGAGAAGGGAGAUUCUUGAUGUUUGAAGGAAUAUUUGGUGACUGCUGGCAUCUUGCUAAGCAAUUACCUUCUUGUUUUAAAAACAAAAGCUCAGACUGUCAUACAAAGUUUAGGCUGUCAGUGUAGGUGGAAGCUUUUGGGUUUGGUAGGUGCUAACUUUUGGCCUGUCGUUCCACUGUAAGCUGAGUCUGUUUCUUCAUGGCAAUUGAAAGAUGAACUUGUCUCUAUCUGUAGGCAAUGAUUUGAUACUUAAAACUUCAUUAUCUUUUUCUAAUUAGCAUGUAAAACUAAUCUAUGCAUUCCUUCUUAUGGAGAGUACUGUAGCCCAGGAUUUGGGGUGAACCUGUGGCUAAAACUGUCCCAUAAUUUCUCUGACUUUAACUAAAACUUCAAUCAAGGCUUUUUUUCUAAAGAUGCUGGGUUUGAGCUGAGUGUCCCAGGGUAAGUAAAAAACUUCAGUAGAUUGGGUGAAAGUGGCCAAAGCCUACUGGCUUUCAAAGAGAGAGAGGUUUCAGGUGUUUUUAGUGAUCAUGAAUGCUCUUCAAGUAUCUUGAGGAAGCUUUUUGCAGCCACAGUGCUAACAUAUUUUAAGGGUGGAAAUGCUGAGGACAAGAUGUUAAGAAUAUGGAAUUUACUCAAAUUACUUCUCAAUACAAAAUAAAUUAAGUCUUGAAACAUGGGAAAAUCUGCCAAAUACAUCAUCUGUUACCAGUUUUUGAGCUAAAACCUGCUUGUGUAAUGUCAUGGCUCCAUGUGGAGCAUCCUUGGCAUUAUUAGUUUGAGUUGGUGCUGGGUCAGAUGAGGGAAAUUACUUCUGCAUUCUCAUAAUUGCAACCAUCUUAUUUCUGUUCUGUCUGAAGGUCAGGUUUAAUAAUAAAAAUGGUGCUAGGUUGCUCAUAAUUACAUAAAGCAAACCAUCAGCCAUAGAAUAUAAUCUAUGGCUUUAUUCAUAUGCCAUGUCAAACAGUGUUUUGUGACUUCCUUUUUUAGGAAUUGAAGUAAAAAAUGAAGGUUUUUGGUUUAUAGCCUGUGAUGCUGACUGGAAAUAAAUGGAAGGGCCAGCUCAGAAGCUGCCACCCUGCUGAUCACAUUAGAAACAAAUAUAACUAAUAUUAUGUAAACUAUUAUAAUUAAUACAUCAUUCUGUUGCACGUUAUACUGACAAAAGUAAAAUACAUUGGUAUUUUUCCUAGCUUUAGAAAGAUCAUUCAGCUUGGUCUAAUAUGAUUAAGAUGUGUAAGAAAAUUAAACCCAGGGUAAUUUUUUUUUCCUGCAUAAAGCUGCUACAACAGUGACAGUGAUUUUUAUUUUUUUUUUUUAGGAAACACUUUCAAAAGGGAAUUUUUGUAUACACUCUGAACAUGACAUUACUGGAGUUUGGUUAACAGUCCUUUCAGAAACAAUCAGCUUUUUAACACUGGUGUCCUUAAUGAUUUUUUUAAGACAAGGAUUGAUCCUAAAUUUAUAUGUAUAUUACUGUAAAUAAAUAUGGUUUACAGUCCUCUUGGACAGUUUGUUUUUCACUCAUGUCCUUAAUCCUUUUUCUCAAAAGGAUCCAUCUUAACUAUUUGUAUAAUAAUUAUGUCAGCAAGUGUUUCUUUUUAUGUGUUUUUUUUUUUUAAUUACAAAAAAAAAUAAUCAGAAUUAAGAUAUUCCAAAGUUGGUCAGUCAGGUUGGGGGUGAGAGAAGGAAAUUAUGCACCUACAGUGUUACUGUCAAAUUUUACAUCAACUAUUACAACUCUGUUAAGCUUUUUUAUUUUGGAGUUAUUCACAACCUGUAAAUAAGGGCCUUUGUGUCAUUAAAAUUGUGUGGGAAAAAUGUUUCAGUCUGUAAUUUCAUCUUCAGCACAAAGCAUGUUUCAAUGAUUCUGUCUUGAAAGUACUGUGCUCAUUCAUGCAGUGGUAAUGUUCUGCCCCCAGAAUUGAUGUCAGAAGUCCUGAAUACUUUGUCUAUGUAUUUUCCCUUCACCAAACUGUAAAGCUGGGUUAUUUUUUAACGUGUUAGGGGAAAGACACAAUCCCAGAAACCUAAUAAACUGGCUUUGCCACUAACACUAA